CCGUCCUGGUGGUCUUCCCUGCGCCACUCGAGCCAGGAGCUCUGGCUGCAGGGAAAGGGUAUGAUCUUUGUUUUGGGCGCCCAGUUUUUCGGCGCUACUAUGAAUGUCAUGACGCAGGUUCUGGAGAUCAAGGGGAAUAAUGGGAAGGGCUAUCAUCCGUUUCAGAUCCUCUUUGCGCGCAUGUCAAUCACUGUCAUAGCCAGUUAUCUGUAUAUGUGGUACACAAAAGUGCCGCAGCCGCUUGGGACCAAGCCGAUCUUGUUGCUUCUGUUCCUACGUGCCAGCGGUGGCUUCUUCGGCGUCUAUGGGCUGUACUACUCAGUGCAGUAUCUGCCUCUGUCCGAGGCCACUGUGGUCACCUUCUUAGUUCCCAUCCUUACCGGAUACGCCUGCUCGUUGUUCAUCCCUCGCGAGACGUUCACCCGCAAGCAGUUAAUGGCUGGGCUCGUGUCCCUGAUCGGUGUAAUUCUGAUCGCUCGCCCUUUCGCCUUCAUGCGCUCGGGGGAAGAGACUGACGAUGGAGAGUCAGGCGAUAAGCCCGGUGCAACGGACAGCUAUCACCACGUUUUGGCGAUUGCUGUUGCCCUGCUGGGUGUCCUAGGAGCCACUUGUGCUUAUACGACCAUUCGUAUGAUCGGCCGGCGCUGUCACCCACUCGUAUCCGUCACCUGGUUCUCUUCGUACACGACGAUUGUCGCCUCUCUCGCGAUGCUGCUGGUUCCGUCCAUACCCUUCGCGUUGCCGGUUACUCUGUUUGAAUGGACUCUGCUGCUGGGUCUCGGAGUGUGCGGAUUCCUGUUGCAGUUCCUCCUCACGGCUGGCCUGUCUUAUGUUCCGCCGGAACGGGCGCCCAAAGAUCUUGCGACAGGCUGGGAAUCGAACUCGUAUGGUACUCAAGCGACCGGCCGUCCUCCUGCAGCAAAGACCUCGUCCGGGUCACGCGCUACGUUCAUGAUUUACACCCAGAUGUUGUUCGCGCUGUUCUAUGACCGCAUGGUCUGGGGCAGCACACUGUCUCCGGUGAGUUGGGUCGGAUCGGGUUUAAUUCUGGGCUGUGCCAUCUAUGUGGCCGUUGCACGAGAGGACCAGAAA